GCUGAACUUCUUCAGAGACGUUCCUGACUUCAGGGUGCUGGCCUGCGGAGGGGACGGCACAGCGGGCUGGAUCCUGGACUUCAUAGAUAAGGCCAACCUGGACAGGAACCCCCCCGUGUGUAUACUUCCUCUUGGCACUGGCAACGACCUGGCAAGAUGUCUGCGAUGGGGAGGAGGCUACGAGGGCGAGAGCCUCCUGAAGAUCAUGCGGGACAUCGAGAACAGUUCGGAGGUGAUGCUGGACCGCUGGAAGAUUGAUGUCACGCCCACAGACAAAGAGGAGCGAGGGGACCCGGUGCCUUACAGUAUCAUCAACAACUACUUCUCCAUCGGAGUG